CGCCGUGCCAUGUCAGGGAACCCAGUGGCCGGCGCGCCGGGUGCUCCCGAGCCGUAUGCGCCGCAGGCGACCUACAACUUCAGCGCCCGCCUCGCGCUCACCGUCUCUUUGGUCCUCCUGAUGAUCACCGUCGUCGUCGUCGUCAUCCCUCUCAUGGUUUACCUCAUGAUCACCCGGUCACGCAGAGGCGGCGGCCACGGCCUCGCCGGCGGCGUCCUCCGGUCCGUUGGCGUGAUCCGCAGCCGGCGGCACGGGUUGGACGCGUCCGCGCUCUCGGCGCUGCCGGUCACCGCGUACCGGAAGGAGAGCGGGGCUGCCGCGAGGGCUGAGUGCGCCGUGUGCCUGGCCGAGCUCGCCGACGGAGACGAGGCGCGCGAGCUGCCCAACUGCGGCCACCUGUUCCACUUGGAGUGCGUCGACGCCUGGCUGCGCACCAGGACGACGUGCCCUCUCUGCCGGGCCCAGGCAGCGGGACUGCCCGGCGAGCACGGGAAGGCACAGUCGUCGUCGUCGUCGGUGGCGGCCGCGGAGCCAGCGUUGAAUGGUGCUGCCGGAGGAAGCUUGACCGUGACCGUGCAUGGUGGCUCUCCGUGUACCGGGAAAGACGCGCUGGGGUCAACAUCGGGAUCUCCCUGCUAGAUAGAAAUAAUUAAUCAGAUAGUGGCCUAGUACUAGUCUUCAAGCUAUUUCUUGUACUCCUAUUUCAGUCGGCUUGUAUGCAUGGUAUUAGCUGAGCCCUACGUGAGU